GCGGCGGCGCGGGGGCGGGGCCUUGCUGACGCAUUCACGUCCAGGCGCUGCAGCCCAGAGCUGGGGAGACUGCGGGCUGGGUCUACAGCGACUGCCUUGGUAGUGGCCCCGCUGGCGGCUGGAGGUUGGACAGAAAGCCAGGUCCUCAGUUGAUGUACUGUCUGGCACUAUGGGGGAACUUUUCCGGAGUGAGGAGAUGACGCUGGCGCAGCUUUUUCUGCAGUCAGAAGCGGCUUAUUGUUGCGUCAGUGAACUAGGAGAACUCGGGAAGGUUCAGUUUCGUGAUUUAAAUCCAGAUGUGAAUGUCUUCCAGCGCAAAUUCGUGAAUGAAGUGAGAAGAUGCGAAGAAAUGGAUCGGAAGCUUCGAUUUGUCGAGAAAGAGAUAAGGAAAGCUAAUAUUCCAAUUAUGGACACUGGCGAAAAUCCAGAGGUGCCCUUCCCCCGGGACAUGAUUGACUUAGAGGCUAAUUUUGAGAAGAUUGAAAAUGAACUGAAGGAAAUCAACACAAACCAGGAAGCUCUGAAGAGAAACUUCCUGGAACUGACUGAAUUAAAAUUUAUCCUUCGCAAAACCCAGCAGUUUUUUGAUGAGAUGGCGGAUCCAGACCUGUUGGAAGAGUCCUCAUCCCUGCUGGAGCCAAGUGAGAUGGGCAGAGUCACGCCUUUAAGGCUCGGCUUCGUGGCCGGUGUGAUUAACCGGGAGCGCAUCCCUACCUUCGAGCGCAUGCUCUGGCGGGUGUGCCGGGGGAACGUGUUCCUGCGGCAGGCCGAGAUCGAGAACCCCCUGGAGGACCCCGUGACUGGCGACUACGUGCACAAGUCGGUGUUCAUCAUCUUCUUCCAAGGCGACCAGCUGAAAAACAGAGUCAAGAAAAUCUGCGAAGGGUUCCGGGCCUCCCUCUAUCCCUGCCCCGAGACGCCCCAGGAGAGGAAGGAAAUGGCUUCUGGAGUUAAUACCAGGAUUGAUGAUCUGCAAAUGGUGCUGAACCAAACAGAGGACCACCGCCAGAGGGUUCUGCAGGCGGCUGCCAAGAACAUCCGAGUCUGGUUCAUCAAAGUGCGGAAGAUGAAGGCCAUCUACCACACGCUGAACAUGUGCAACAUAGACGUGACUCAGAAGUGUCUGAUUGCAGAGGUCUGGUGCCCUGUCACCGACCUCGACUCCAUCCAGUUCGCACUCCGAAGGGGCACGGAACACAGCGGCUCCACCGUGCCCUCCAUUCUGAACAGGAUGCAGACAAACCAGACCCCGCCCACCUACAACAAAACCAACAAGUUCACGGACGGCUUUCAGAACAUCGUGGAUGCCUACGGGAUUGGAACGUACCGAGAGAUAAAUCCAGCUCCGUACACCAUCAUCACUUUCCCCUUCCUGUUCGCCGUGAUGUUUGGGGACUUCGGCCACGGCAUUCUGAUGACCCUUUUCGCCGUAUGGAUGGUGUUAAGGGAGAGCCGGAUCCUCUCCCAGAAGAAUGAGAAUGAGAUGUUCAGCACCGUGUUCAGCGGACGGUACAUCAUCCUUCUGAUGGGCGUGUUCUCCAUCUACACCGGCCUCAUCUACAACGACUGCUUCUCCAAGUCCCUCAACAUCUUCGGGUCGUCCUGGAGCGUACGGCCUAUGUUUGUAUCUAACUGGACGGAAGAGACGCUUCGGGGGAACCCCGUGCUGCAGCUGAACCCGACUGUCCCUGGAGUUUUUGGCGGGCCGUACCCUUUCGGCAUCGAUCCGAUUUGGAACAUCGCCAACAACAAGCUGACCUUCCUCAACUCCUUCAAGAUGAAGAUGUCUGUUAUCCUCGGCAUCAUCCACAUGUCGUUUGGGGUCACCCUGAGCCUCUUCAACCACAUCUAUUUCAGGAAGCCCCUGAAUAUCUACUUCGGAUUUAUCCCCGAAAUAAUCUUCAUGACCUCUUUGUUCGGCUACUUGGUCAUCCUUAUCUUUUACAAGUGGACGGCCUAUGAUGCUCACACGUCGGAGAAGGCACCGAGCCUCCUGAUCCAUUUCAUAAACAUGUUCCUCUUUUCCUACGAGGACAUGGAAAGCUCAAUGCUGUACUCCGGACAGAAAGGCAUUCAGUGUUUCCUGGUUGUGGUCGCCUUGCUCUGCGUGCCGUGGAUGCUGCUGUUUAAGCCGCUGAUCCUUCGCCACCAGUAUUUGCGGAGGAAGCAUCUGGAAGGGCAGCCCGUGGAGGCCCCAGUCAGCCCAACCCCGAGCCGACAGGGACUAGAGGCAGCAGCAGCGGCUGCAACAGGAACUCUCAACUUUGGUGGGAUCAGGGUGGGCAACGGACCGACAGAGGAGGAUGCUGAGAUUAUUCAGCAUGACCAGCUCUCCACCCAUUCGGAAGAUGCGGAAGAGCCUGCCGAGGACGAAGGGUUCGACUUCGGAGACACCAUGGUGCACCAGGCCAUCCACACGAUCGAGUUCUGCCUGGGCUGCAUCUCCAACACCGCCUCCUACCUGCGGCUCUGGGCGCUCAGCCUCGCUCAUGCGCAGCUGUCCGAGGUGCUCUGGACCAUGGUGAUCCACACCGGCCUGCAGGUGAAGAGCCUGGCAGGGAGCCUGGUGCUGUUCUUCAUCUUCGCCGCCUUUGCCACCCUGACCGUGGCCAUCCUCCUGAUCAUGGAGGGCCUCUCCGCCUUCCUGCACGCGCUGCGGCUGCACUGGGUCGAGUUCCAGAAUAAGUUCUACAGCGGGACUGGAUUCAAGUUCCUGCCCUUCUCCUUCGAGCACAUUCGGGAGGGGAAGUCUGACGAGUGAGCCCCUCGUGGGGCCGUGCGCCUGCCGCCCUCCCCCACUCCCUCCGUGGUGAUUAGCUGUGCCCCUCUUGCGUGUUGGUUGUGAUCCCUGGACUUUGGGGCAUUCGUGUCAUCCUUGCCACCCACCCCCAGCCACCUGACAGUCAUCUAGAUAGACCCGGCCCCCCCCCUCGGGUUGCCUGCCACCUCAGCUUGGUGUGUGGAAGUGUAGUGGUUUUCUAGAGAAGCUGGCCGUCACACCUCCGGGCACCACCAGCCUUGCCCCCGCCCCCACCCCUCACCCGGCCAAAGGCAGCUCCUCUCUGCCCCCUGGUGGUGCAUUGACACAGGCGCUCGCAGCCCAGCGAGGGGGAGGGCCUUCCCCACCCUCACCCAGACUGGGAGCUUCUGCUCCUGCCAUUCUAGCUCUGGCUGUGGGGGGGGGUGCUCCUUAACACCCUGCCCCUGGGGGUGCUGGCGCGGGUCCCGGGGGAUGGUGUUUCUGUCCCCUGCCUCCCACCUCCGGUCUUCAGAGCACUUGGUAAUCAGGAAUCCAGCUGGGCCCCACUGUGCCAUCGUGCACGGCUUCCCUCGUCACCCCCAAGGGUCCCAGGGCACCCCACACCACCUUCCUAACCUCCACUCUAUACUCGCACCCUCUCCUCCUUCCUCCCAGAAUCCCCUUCCUUCCCUUCCCCAUGUGGACCCUGCCUAAGAGCGCAGCUGGGAGUGACCCAAGACCGAGGUACAGGGGAGCUGCUGCCCGGGGCCCUGGGUGGGCCCUGCCACAGCACACCCUCCGGGGAGAGGAUUUAAACGGCCCCCUCUUCCUGGCGCAGACCCUAAGGCUGCUCCCCACCCCCCAAUCAUGAGUCUCGAGUGAAGGACUAGUCCACAGGGGCGGCUCUCUGGCAGGCCAGCCCCGCUCUGCCCACCGGUGUCCUUGCCCACUUCCACCGUGAGCCCAAGUUGGGGGAGUGAGGUCCCAGGCUGGGAAGGCCACUGUCACCUGCAGUUUGCUGACGGGAGGCUGUGAAAGCUGCGUGGCCCUGCCUGUGAGCUGGUGGUGAGCACCCCCAAUGGGCCAGCUCCGCUGCCCACCCCCACACCGGCUGUGGGUCUUGGAGCUAAAUUGACCCAGUCCCUUUCAGGCCCUGUCCUCUUCCCAUCCCAACUUUACUGGGCGAGCUGUUUUGAGCUGCUCGCUCAACCCCCCGGGGCGGGGCUGGCCCUGGGUGCAGCUGCCCGCCCCAGGCGCCCUGUGCUGGCCAGUGUGACCUGCCCCGGAGCUUGUGCGGAGCCCCCUCCCCCGAGCCCUGCCCGAGGUGGUUUACAUGGUGAUCUUUGUUCUGUUUACAGUGGGGCUUGAAGCGGAGUUGUGUGUCAGGAACCCGGCCCAAGGCCCCUCUGUUCAGACAUUCCUGUGCUGAAUAAAGUGUGUUUGACCCUGAG